AUGGAUCUCAUACCCCCACUGGAAGAUUUGCAUGAUCUCCCCGUUUCUGAGGAAUUCCUCCGCCGUCAGCAAAGCUACUGCGCCCCUUCGCCUUCGGCCUGGACCGCAGCUCCGCAAACCGUUCCCGUCAAAACCCGGUGCACCUCCCUCUCUCUUUCCACAGCCACGACUCAGGCCCUCCAAAGAACUGCCAAGGAAGAAAAGUCCUCCAUCACCGCGAUGCUGCACAGCCUUCUCGCAGCGAGUCUCUUCCACAUCUUACCGCCAACGUACACAACGCUGAACGCCGACUGUGCCGUCUCCUUACGACGCUGGCUCCCGUCCCCAAUCAUCCCAUCCUCAAUCGGCUGCUUCGUUGGCUCUUUCGCGCAGACAUACAGCAGGGGCCCCUUCAGCUGGAGCGAAGCUCGCAGGACCAAAUCGACCAUCGACCACGCUGUGCAAAGCAGAGGCGCGGACAUGCCUGUUAGUUUUCUGCGGCACGUGCCAGAUAUGCACCAAUGGUUUGGCGAGAAAUUGGGGCGACAGAGGUUGAGUGCUUUUGAGCUAUCCAAUGUGGGGAAGUUGGGCCCGUUGGAGAGACAGGGGGACUAUAGGAUAGAAAGUUUGCUGUUCAGCCAGGGCGCUAGCGCUUGCAGUGCAGCAAUCAAGGUUAGUGCGGUGACUGGAAGGGAUGAGAGAUUGGCUCUGGGUUUCUCGUGGCAGGAAGGUGUUGUGGAUGAUGAUAUAAUGGAAAUACUUGUGGCAAGGCUUCGGGAGGAAUUUGAAAAAAUCGUGGCCCACUGCUGA